AUGGAGUCGGAGAAGAAACCGCCGGCAGUAUCUGAUGUGGGCGCAUGGGCAAUGAAUGUUAUCAGCUCUGUUGGAAUCAUUAUGGCCAACAAGCAACUCAUGUCAUCCAGCGGCUAUGCUUUCAGCUUUGCUACUACAUUGACUGGUUUUCACUUUGCUGUUACCGCACUUGUUGGUAUGGUCUCCAGUGCCACAGGCCUUUCAGCAUCAAAGCACGUCCCUUUUUGGGAACUUCUCUGGUUCUCAAUUGUUGCCAAUAUGUCAAUCACAGGGAUGAAUUUAAGUCUCAUGCUAAACUCAGUUGGAUUUUACCAAAUAUCAAAAUUGAGCAUGAUUCCGGUGGUCUGUGUGAUGGAAUGGAUUCUUCACAGUAAGCGUUACUCAAAAGAAGUUAAGAUGGCUGUUGUGGUUGUGGUUAUAGGUGUUGGUGUUUGCACUGUAACUGAUGUUAAAGUUAAUGCCAAGGGUUUUCUCUGUGCUUGUGUCGCAGUUUUGUCAACAUCACUGCAGCAAAUUUCAAUAGGUUCUCUGCAGAAAAAGUACUCUAUUGGAUCGUUUGAACUGUUAAGUAAAACCGCUCCUAUUCAAGCUGGUUCUCUUCUUGUGUUUGGUCCUGUAGUGGACUAUUAUCUCGCUGGAAAGUUAAUUUUGGACUACAAGUUUUCUACUGGAGUCAUCGUAAGCACCUAUUUCUCACUUACUCAGCUCGAUUCUUUACAUUUGAGUACACUGUAG